CUGUCAAUGCGCUUGAGAAGUUUUGGUGUGAAAAUCAUUUUACAUGUUUUGGUUGUGAUACACAGCUCACACUAAGGUUAGUUUUAUUUCGAUGAUACUCGAUCCCCAAUAAAUUACCAGCAUUGAUUAUAGAGAACGUACGUUUUAAGAUGUGACUGAAAACUAAAUAUCUGGGCCCUUGCUAAGUACAGACAUUAAACCAUGAUGCAGUAGUGCAUGACCACAAAAUCUCAGGGGCAGAUUUAGCGUAGGUUUGCAGGGGGUGCACAUCCUCACGUAGUGGUAUCUACCACCCCCCACCCCCCACCCCCCCACCCACUUGUUAGCAUGGCAAAUUUGGCUACACCGACGAGCAAAUAAAACUGCUUAUAAAAUCUUGUUCGCCUUUGACCAGCUCGAUAUUUUCUCAAAUAUUUAUUUUUGUAGGAGUAAAUUCCACGAAUUUGACAUGAAACCUCUGUGCAGGAAAUGUUACGAGAAAAUGCCGCUGGAGAUGAAGAAACGUCUUCGUCGUGCUGAGCUUGGUCAGCCUAACCCCCCGUCUACGAAAUCUAGCAAGAAGGAUAAAUCUAGCAAAGAUAAAGACAAGGAAUAGAGAUUUCUAAGAUUGUUUCUACGCCAUAUAUUAAAAUUUGUAUCAGUCUGAAUAUUUUCGGGAUUUAAGGUUAUUUAGUCUUCUAUAUUGUAGUUAAGGUAUAGAAUGAUUUUUGUUAUUAAAGAAUAUAUACUGAAGUAAUAUGGAAUGUUUUGCGUAGUAUUUCAUGAAGAGUAAGGAUCGUUUAGAAUAUUAACAAGUAUAGUGUUCAUUUUCGGGUUUAAAGCGUGUGGUAUAUAUACAAACAUUGAAUGUUUAUGAGUGUGACUGUAAAAAUAAUUUCAUGAGGUGAAAGAAUGAACUUUCCUCGACAGCCGAGUGGGAAUGGAAAAUUCAAUCUUUCAUCGACUGAAAAUACUGUUGCUAUUGCAAAAUAAAUCGAUGUUUUAUUGCCGGAAUUAAUGUGAAACCAACAUACCUGAGUUGCAUGUACAAUUUUCAAAAUGAAUAGAAAUUCUACAAAUAUGGCAUUUACUUAACUCAACAUUGUCAUACAUUUUUAAAUUUAAUUCCAUCGGCCUCAUUACGAAUAUGCAGUUCUCCUUCAUGGCUGUAUCAGGGCUUUAAACAACAUGAAGUAGUCCAAUGGCAAUGAAAGCCCAAGCUUUUCCAUAUGUGUUUUGAGAGUGUCGAACUCCUGGUCACAAGACACCGACCCUAUGGUACGGAAAAUGUGUGCAUUACAAUCCUUCUCAAAGCGUGUAUGCUUGCUUGCUUGCUUGCCUGCUUGCUGGCUGGCUGGCUGGCUGGCCUACUGCCUCGUGCCUAGUCGCAUUAAAUAAUUAUAAUACAUGAAGUAUUCAGGCAGGCAGGCGACGCGCGAAGGGACUGUUGGGAAGGAUGCGUGCACUCUUCCCAUCACCCCCUUCUCUCGCCACUACAGUGACUACAACACUUCAUGUAAACUCGCCAUAUGCGCAUCGCUGUUUUUUUUACAAAGAGACGCCUGGGCACGAGAAGGGGUCGGCAGCAUGUAUAUGUAAAAGUCGAACAAAUUGUACUUUAAAGCGAUUGAAGGGUAGAGCGGUCAGGCAAUUUCACGAACGUCGGGCAAAUUUUCUUGCUCCCGUACGCCUAUGCUUAUCUGUGCUUAUUCAGGCUAGUCAGUAUCAAAUUUUACCAUGCAGUUCGUUAAUGGCAUGAAAAAAAUUUCCAUGUUGUCCAUUGUCCGCCUUGUUCUACACACUACCUCGUGCACCUCUCUUGUUUUACUUUAAUUAACUUUACUCCGACUGUGCCCUGGCUAUAAGCUAUUCUAUGUUGUUAUGGGAAACAGUGGGAAACUAUGUUAAAUAUUUGCCUGCAUUGAAAGCAAUUCAAUAGAAGAUUUAUCAAGCAUUUAAUUUACUUACAUCAUAUUCACAGAGUGACAUAUUUUUAUGCUAAAGCUGUACGUGGCAUAACGCAGUAGACAAAUACAGCGAAAUGAAAGUAGAAGUUUCUUGAUUGAGAAUCAACAAAGUGAACAGUUUUAAGGUACAAUACAUGUAUUUGUCUUCUAGUUGUGGAUUUUGAAUUUAUAAUCUGGUUUCAUAGUUUUCAUUGAUCAGUAUACAGAUGACUAUAUUUAUAUAUUCAACGUAUCAUCACUGUAUGUGAACACGAUUUGUCGUGGCACUUUCUGUUUGUAAUAUUGGCAUUAAGUAAAGGGCAUGUAAUAAUAACAGUAAGUCCGCCUAUAUUCCAGAAACAUUAACCAGUUCUAACAUAUAUAUAUUUUACAUGCAGAUUUUUCGAUGAAGGAAUAGCUAGUCCUAAAUAAAAGACGGAAGAUAGACGAACAUCAAACGCAAAAAGGGUGUGUCGAAGCGAAGGAUUCUUACAGUUUGGUAAGUCAUAUAAUAACAUUAAGAUCUAGACUAGUAUCAUUUCUUAUAAUUCAGAUUAUGGUAUUGUACUGGUUGAAUCAUAGAUGAUAUGUUCAAGUGUGGUGACGAUCAAGAGAGCUGGCAAAUAUAAUAUUAUGCUAAAACUUGCGCUGACCAAAAUACAUAUGAUAAAACUUAUGUAUUAAUUGUUUGACAAUAGUGAUUCGUUUAAUUCAUGAAUUAUAUAUUUGUCUCCUAGUUGUGGAUUUUAAAUUUAAAAUGAAGAAUUCUUAGCCGAUUUCAAGGUUUCCAUUGAUCAAGAUAUAUACUGUAGUCGUAUUUUAGUUUUGUUAACUAUAAUAUAGCAGCUACUAAAGCCUGCAGCACACGAGAGCUAUCUGCUGAGCAAAAAGUUACUCGUGCCUGUUAGCUCAGCCGAUAGCUCACCGUGUGCGCGUACAUUUUACUGAGUUUUUUGCCUCAUGCAACCUUUUCUCACGUAUCAAACAUGUUUGAUCGGUGAGCUAUCUGCUGAGCUAACAGGCACGAGUAACUUUUGGCUCCGCAGAUAGCUCUCGUGUGCUGCAGGCUUAACAUAACAUAUAUUUUACAUCCAGAUAUUUCGAUGAGGUAA